AUGGUUAAUGUGCAUGGGCGAGUUAUUUUGAGGCGAAGAAAGUUUGGUCUGAAUUGUAGCAGCGUUCCUUUUCCCUACAUCCCCGAGUUAAUCUGCAUCCCGAUCUUCAGAUCCUCUGCAUUUCCCAGCAUUCAGAUAUCCGUGGAGGCCGAGCAGAUGAGGACCAAGAAUCUGAGCCUCCCAGGUGAAUUGAUAUACGACGCGGAGGUUGAGAAGGCAGCGCGUAAGCGGAGGCAAGAGACCAAGAGACGAAAAGAAGGGCACUUAUUUAUUGCAAACGAGUCAGUAGAAGACGAAAUAAGCAUGGCCAACACCCAAACAUUGAGGGAGUUGGCUGCCCCGGAGUUGACUCACCAGCCCUUAUGCAUCACGUUCCCCACUUUGGCAGAGAAUACUGCUUUCGAACUGAAGUCGGGGCUGAUUCACCUCUUACCUUCUUUCCAUGGUCUCUCUGGCGAAGAACCCCACAAACAUGUCAAGGAGUUCGAGAUAAGACUUAGAGCUUUCCCCUUCUCUCUCAAGGAUGCAGCAAAAGAUUGGCUAUACUACCUACCAGCGGGUAGUAUUAUCACAUGGGCACAGUUAAAAAAGAAAUUCUUGGAAAAAUUCUUCCCUGCAUCCCGAGCUGCGAGUUUGAGGAAGGAGAUAUGCGGCAUUAAGCAAUAUCCCGGUGAGUCCUUGUAUGAAUACUGGGAAAGGUUUAACAAGUUGUGCACUAGAUGCCCGCAGCAUCAAAUUAGUGAGCAACUGUUAAUCCAAUACUUCUAUGAGGGGCUCCAAUCAACAGACAGGAGUAUCAUUGACGCUGCCAGUGGGGGAGUACUUGCAAACAAGACACCGAGGGAAGCGUGGGAGCUCAUCGAAGCCAUGGCAGAGAACUCCCAGCAAUUUGGCUUCCGUGAGAGCAACCCGCCCCGUAGAGUCAACGAGGUAGAGACUUCAUCCUUACAGCAGCAACUGUCAGAAUUGACAUCGGUUGUUAGGCAAUUAGCCAUGAGAGACAUGCCGCGAGCGAAAGUAUGUGGAAUCUGCACUAGCAUGGACCAUUGCACAGACUCGUGCCCCAUUUUGCAAGAGGACGGGGCAGAACAAGUAAACAUGGUCGGAGGCGUGCCCGCGCCCCGUAGGCAAUACGAUCCGUAUUCCAAUACGUACAAUCCUGGUUGGAGAGAUCACCCCAAUCUCAGCUAUGGUAGUAGGCCACAAAAUGUAUUCUCCAAUCGGCCUCUAGGAUUUCAGCAACCGUGGCAACAUAAGUCUCAACCCUCAUCCUCAAGCUCAGGGAGUUCUUUGGAAGAAAUUGUCAAGAGUUUGGCCAACACUACCACUCAACUUGUCACAACCACCACUCAGUUCCAACAGGACACAAAAUCAGGCAUGAAGGAUAUGGAGAUUCGAAUGAGUCAAAUGGCAACUGCCAUUAAUCGCCUAGAGUCCCAUGUUUAUGGAAAAUUACCAUCUCAACCCGAGCCAAAUCCCAGGAAUGUAAGUGCUAUGACUCUAAGGAGUGGCAAAGAGGUGGAGGGACCUAAGUUGGUAAAUUCAAAAAGCAAAAAUGAGGAGGAGAUAGAAAAGGAGAUUGAAGAGGAAGGGCGCAUUCGCGAAGAGCCUAAGGUAACAUCUAUUCCUUCGAUCCCUAUUAAAUCUAAUAUAGCUCCUUUUCCUUGCAGGUUGGGAAAGACAAAGAGGGCAGAAAAGGAAAAAGAAAUCCUGGAUGUGUUCCGCAAAGUUCAAGUAAACAUCCCCCUAUUGGACGCGAUCAAACAGGUACCCAAGUACGCAAAGUUCUUGAAAGACUUGUGCGUUAACAAAAGAAAGCUAAGGGGUGAUGAAAGAGUGAUGGUAGGAGAGAAUGUAUCAGCUGUACUUCAAAGGAAACUCCCACCCAAAUGCGGAGAUCCAGGUAUAUUUGCUAUCCCCUGUAAGAUUGGUCAUUCUAGUAUCAAAAAUGCCAUGAUAGAUUUAGGAGCUUCUAUUAAUGUGAUGCCUAAGUCAAUCUAUGAUUCCCUAAAUUUAGGACCUUUAAAAGAAACGGGGAUAAUAAUUCAAUUGGCUAAUCGUACAUGUGCUUAUCCGGAUGGGAUAGUUGAGGAUGUUUUAGUGCAAGUAAAUGGAUUAAUUUUUCCUGCUGAUUUUUAUGUGCUUUACAUGGAUGAUAGAAGUGCCCCAAAUCCAUCACCCAUUAUAUUAGAAAGACCAUUUUUGAGUACUGCCCAGACUGAAAUUGAUGUUAGUAAGGGGACACUAGAUGCUUGUGUUAGUAUAGACUACUGCAUGACCUCCGCUCUCUUGGUUGUACUUCUGAGCUUUGAAAUGCUUGAGGGCAAGCAUUGUCUAGGUGUGGGGGGAUUUGAUAGAGCAGUUAUUGGGCAUAUUUUGCAGUGUUAUUUUGGCUUAAUUUUGGCUAUUUACGGUGCUAAGUACUGA